CAAGACACAUACCAUGAGCCCAAGAUAAGGAAAAAUGGAGGUACAGAGUGAGAAGAAGCAAGAAAGCUGUACUUGGUUAGCUUGCUGCACCAAAUCAUUUCCCAUCUCUUCACCGCCUCGAUCACCGUCCCGUGAAAAUGAAUUGCCGGACAAACAAGGCCUUGUUUUGCCAACCUCAAAGACCCAAACAGCAAGAAGACAGCCCGGUGGCUGGAAGUCCAUGCCUUUCGUCUUAGGAAACGAAACGUUCGAGAGGUUGGGGUCGAUUGGUUUGCUGGCGAACUUUAUGAUUUACUUGCUCAAUCAGUUCCACUUGGAGCAGGCAUCUGCUGCGAACAUCCUCAGCAUAUGGAUGGGUAUUACCAACUUUGCACCCUUGAUCGGUGCUUUCGUUUCUGAUGCCUACAUUGGCCGCUUCUGGACCAUUGGUUUUUCCUCCUUUGCUUCUCUUCUGGGAAUGGUAACCCUAACCCUAAUUGCAUGGAUGCCUAAACUCCACCCUGCUCCUUGCACCCCACACCAACUGCAACUCCACCAAUGUAGCCCUCCCUCCACCUCCCAGCUCUGUAUCCUCUUCACCGCUCUGGGCUUCCUCUCCGUCGGCUCCGGUGGAAUCAGACCCUGCAGCCUCCCCUUCGGCGCUGACCAGUUCGAUCCGACCACCGAAGAAGGAAGGAAAGGAAUCAACAGCUUCUUCAACUGGUACUACACCACAUUCACACUUGUCUUGAUUGUGGCUCUCACUGUGGUGGUUUACAUACAAAACAAUGUUAGCUGGGUACUAGGAUUUGGAAUACCAACUUUGUGUAUGGUGGGUUCGAUUGUGUUGUUCUUUGUUGGGACGAGGUUUUACGUGUACGUGAAACCGGAGGGAAGCGUGUUCUCUGGCAUCGCUCAGGGGCUCAUGGCGGCGUAUAAGAAGCGGAAGCUUAAACUUCCGGCAGAGGACGGGGAGGGGGAGGGGGAGGUUGAUGGUGGUGGUGGUGUUCUCUAUGACCCACCAUUGAAAGGCACCAUAGUGAGGAAGCUUCCACUCACCAAUCAGUUCAGGUUUUUGAACAAAGCUGCCAUAGAAUUGGACGGUGAAGUAAACCCUGACGGUUCUCGUUCAAAUCCAUGGCGACUUUGUAGCAUCCAACAGAUCGAAGAAGUCAAAUGCCUACUAAAAGUAAUCCCAAUAUGGGCAUCCGGUAUCAUUUGCUUUAUCGCCAUGGCACAACAAGGAACAUUCACCAUGUCCCAAGCCCUAAAAACAGAUCGUCACCUAGGGCCCCACUUUCAAAUCCCUCCGGGAACCCUCGGUGUCAUUUCUAUGAUCACUAUUGGACUCUGGGUCCCGUUCUAUGAUCGGAUUCUCGUACCCGCCCUUCGAAAAAUCACCCGUAUCGAAAGCGGAAUCACGCUCCUCCAAAGGAUCGGAAUUGGCAUUGUAUUCUCCAUUUUGGCAAUGGUUGUUGCCGGGUUGGUAGAGCGGGUAAGACGGGCCUCGGCCAUCUCGCACGGGCGGGCCGACGGCAUCGCUCCGAUAUCAGUCAUGUGGCUGGCCCCACAAUUGUGCUUGAUGGGAUUUGCUGAGGCAUUUAACAUUAUAGGGCAAAUUGAGUUUUACUACAAGGAAUUUCCAGAGAACAUGAGUAGUGUUGCCAAUGCUCUCUUCUUCUGCACUGCCGCCGGGGCGAACUACUUUAGUAGCUUGUUGAUCACCGUCGUGCACGGAACCACUGGAGGACAUGGUCGGCCGGACUGGUUGGCCAACGAUGUUAAUGCUGGCAAGAUUGAUUAUUUUUACUACCUAAUAGCGAUAUUGGGGGUUUUGAACUUGGUUUACUUCUUGAUCGUUGCUCGUCGGUACAAUUACAAGAGAAGUGUUCCAAACAUGGAGGAGAAAGGGAAACCCCACCAUGAUGUUGAGCUUGAUGCCAUUAAACAAUGAAGUCACUUUGACAAAUCUAUGUAUAAUAAGAAGAGCAAUGAUGCUCUAGAGUUUUUUUUUCUUAAAAUUUUUUGGAGUGGUGUAUUGUGUGAUUGAGAUUUAAUGAUAAGUCACAUUAAUUUUUUAACAUUAAAUCUCAACCACACAAUACACCACUUUAGAAAACUUUAAGAGAAAAACAGAUCCCUGGUCUAAUAAGAAUUCAGCUACUCUCAUAUUUAGGUGUUUAAAUUGAAGAUUCCCGUUGGAAUAUUGGAUAACGUCAUGUCAAUAUUGUACGUAAAUUAAAUGUCUUGAUUUAACAUAUAGACCCACUUGAUAUCGGCCAAA